AUGACUGACGAAACAACGUCUCAAACACAACAGAACCUCCUCAAAAAGGACGAGAAGAAGCCCUUUAAUGGUUCGUCUCAGAAUAAUGGGGGGAGGAAGCGAAAUGCCUCGCGUACGGCCUCCAUCAGCACGAACAAUGCUGGUGCACCGCGACCGUCCUCCCGAGCAAGCAACAAGGGUAGCAAGAGAGGCCCAUCUAAUGCUCCCACGGCAGGUGAAUCUGGCUCGGAUUCUACCAAGAAGGGAGCCGAAGGUAAGAAGACCGAGCAACGUGCGAAGCCCCAGGGGCAGGGUGGCGGCAAUGCGCGCUCAGCUGGUGGACAUCGCAAGGGGUCGCAGUCUGUAGCGCAGGGCGGUCGUCAAGCGGGAAACAAGCCCAAAGAGGGCUCUGCUGCUCCCCAACAGAAACAGCAGUCUGGUUCGCCCGCUCCUCAGUCCAGUAUUGACAACAGCGACGCUCUCUCUUCGCUCCAAAGGGUCAUUGCAGACCUGAAGACAACGUCUCCUAACCAGUCUCCUAACGCUCCUCCAGUCUCUAUCUCGGCUUCGAUGUCGAGUUCUAUCCAAGGCUCCUCCCUGCCGCCCAACGCACCGGUCUUCCAGCCUGGCGCGGGCUCCUACCCUGGUACUAAUGCUGAACAGGCUCCUAGACAUCGCAAGGCUGCAUCUUUAGGGGCUGCCGGCAAUCCUUCGCAUAACUCGUAUUCGCCAAAUCUUGGCGCUAUGAUUGAGGAUGUGGAAGAGGGUCAAGUGAAUUUCCCAACUGAAGAAGGCGAAAUCGCCGAAAAUCCUUACCAGCAUCAACGGCGUUCUCUGUCUCAGAGUUUUACUGCUCCUCGUUUUGCCGCUCUAGCGCAGCAGGAUCAGAGCGAGAUCCUUGGACCAACUGGUCGACCGCAACUCGCACCGGGUUUCAUGUUUGGUGCCAGACGUCGCCCUAGCUCUAGUGUCAGUACACCGAUAGGGCCACCUAUCAACGAAGAGGAUGUUGGUUUCCAAUUCCCUCAGCAGCAAUCCCAGCCCAAUUUCAACGUCGAUGCCGACGCUAACCAGAGGAAGGCCGAGAAUAAUCCCGAAAUUUCUGGUAUCAUGGCGGAACAGAUCGCUCUUCAAAACCAAAUUGAGGCGCUGCAACAACAGCAACAGGCUCUGUAUCAACAACAGCUUGCAUCAAAUCAGGUUCUGUCGUUCCAAACACCGGGUCUUGCACCUGGGCGUCCCAAUGUUCAUCGCCGCGUCCAUAGCACUGUUCCUAUGGGAAUGGGGAUGAAUCCUUUUGCUGGUCCCCAGGCCGCUAUGGGGCAAUUUGGCAAUCUUGGGAAUCUUGGGAUGGGUCUAGAUGGCCAGCCGUCAGGUGUCCCUCGCGGACAUGGAAGGCGUCACAGUGUCAAUGUCCUGAACAAGUCGAAUGGGCAGCCUGGGUUUGGAUCGAUGGGCUUCUCGCAGAGCAUGGAUGGAUUUGAUGACGGCUUCGCUCCGCCUCCCAAUGUCGGCGGGCAUUCACGUACCGAUUCGAGCUGGCGCAUUAACGGGGGUGUUGGAGCCCUUCAGGGCGGCAAUAAUUUCGCUGCCGAUCUUGCUCAAGCUCAAGCCCAGCUCAAUAGUCUGCAGCAGUUCAGAGCUGCAGCUGGAGGUCACCACCAGAAAAUGGCCUCGUUCAGUUUCCCUAACAUGCUACCCAACAUGAUGGCGGCAAACAUGAUGGGUCUGGGCUUGGGUGGUAUCAAUCUCUUACAGCAACAACAACAGCAAUUUCAAUCUCAGCUACAACAACAGUCUAGUCAACCUCAGCGCAAGUCGUUGUUCGCUCCUUAUCUUCCGCAGGCCUCUCUGCCGCCAUUGCUUGCUGCAGGCAAGCUUGUUGUCGGUAUCUUACGAGUCAACAAACGGAAUCGGUCUGAUGCAUACGUUGCGACUGAGGUUUUAGAUGCCGAUAUCUAUAUCUGUGGGUCCAAGGACCGUAAUCGCGCUCUUGAGGGUGAUAUUGUUGCUGUAGAGUUGCUAGACGUUGAUGAGGUUUGGGGCACGAAGAAGGAGAAAGAAGAGAAAAAGAGGAAGAAAGAGGAGAAUUCAGCGUAUGAUAUGAGAGGUGUUGCAGGCAGGAGAAACGACAAGAAGAAGGACGACGUCGAAGUCGAAGGACAAGGUCUUAUGCUGUUCGAGGACGAAGAAGUUACAGACGAAGUCAAGCCCCAAUUUGCCGGUCAUGUCGUUGCUGUGGUUGAGCGUAUGCCAGGACAGCUAUUCUCUGGCACAUUGGGAUUACUGCGCCCGUCCUCCGCCGCUACUAAAGAAAAGCAGGAGGCUGAACGCCGGGAGCGAGAAGGCGAUCGUGGAGAUGAGCCGCGGCGUCCCAUUGAGCGACCGAAGAUUGUCUGGUUCAAGCCCACAGACAAGCGAGUGCCUUUGAUUGCUAUCCCAACGGAGCAGGCCCCCCAAGACUUCGUGCAGAACUCGGACGCGUAUGCUAACAAACUCUUCGUGGCAUGCAUCAAACGACACCCUAUCAGCUCUCUCCAUCCAUUUGGUACACUCGUCGAGGAGCUCGGACCCAUUGGUGAUAUCGAGGUGGAGACUAGCGCUCUUUUGAAGGACUGUAACUUCCCAACCGAGGACUUCACUGAGAAUGUGUUAAAAUGCCUCCCCCCCAUUCCCUGGAGCAUCCCGGACCAUGAACUACAAGUUCGAAAGGAUCUGCGCAAUGAGCGAGCCUUCACCAUUGAUCCUGACACAGCCAAAGACUUGGACGACGCCCUGUCCGUGAAGGUGAACGAUGAUGGCACAUAUGAUGUUGCUGUCCACGUCGCGGAUGUCUCGUACUUCGUCAAACCCAACACGGCUCUGGAUCGUGAUGCUCGUAAGCGCGCAACCAGCGUUUACCUUGUCCAGCGCGCGGUCCCCAUGUUACCUCCUGCGUUGAGCGAACAAAUGUGCAGCCUUGUUCCUGGCGAAGAGCGUUUGGCGUUCUCCGUCAUCUUCACUAUGACUAAGGACGGGAAAGUAUUGAAGAAGUGGUUCGGCAAGACUCUCAUUAAGACAUCUGCUAAGCUCUCCUACACAGAUGCGCAAUCUAUCAUUGAUGGCCACGCUGUUGAAUUUGAGGUUGCCCCUGAGCACGCCGUUGCAGAUGUCUCUAAAGACGUCCGGGUCAUUCAUGAGCUUGCUAAGCAAGUCCGUGCUCGCCGUUUCCAGAUCGGCUGUAUCAAGUCCCAGUCUCUCAAGCUAACGUUCAAGCUCGAUGACGACGGAGUCCCCAUUGACUGCUCACAGUAUGAGCGGACUGAGGCCCACCAUUUAGUCGAGGAGUUUAUGUUGUUAACAAAUGUCGCUGUUGCUCAGCAAAUUGCUGUGAACUUCUCUGAGCAGGCAUUGCUUCGCCGCCACGACCCUCCAAUUGAGCGACGACUUGCUGCUUUCGUUGAACGAGCUGAGCGCAUGGGUUUCAAAGUGGAUGCAUCUUCCCCCAUUACAUUAAUGAAGUCCCUCGAUGCGGUGAACGAUCCGUCUGCCCGCAAGAUCUUGGAGCUGUUCCUCCGCAAGGCUUCCUCCGCGGCAAAAUACUUCUGUGCUGGGAUGCUCGAUAUCGCGAAAUACGGCCACUUUGCUCUCAAUAUCCCCUUGUACACUCAUUUCACUUCCCCCAUCAGACGUUACGCGGAUAUUCUAGUCCAUCGCCAACUGGAUUCUAUAUUGCAGGGCGGAGCUGAACCUAAGUUCACUAUGGACCGCGAUGCGGUCGCGAAGGUUGCGCAACAAUGCAAUAUUAAACGGGAUUCGGCAAAGUUGGCUGAAGAGCAGUCCACUCAUUUGUAUCUGUGCAUCCUAAUCUCCGACUUGACACAUCGUUAUGGACCUGUUAUUAGAGAGGCGAAAGUCGUCGGAGUGCUGGAUGCUGCCUUCGACGUACUUGUGCCAGAAUUCGGUAUCGAGAAGAGAGUCCACGUGGACCAGAUGCCCAUUGAUAAUCACGUCUAUGACGAGCACACGCACACCCUGCAAAUCUACUGGUCUAACCGCGACGUGAUCACCUGGCUUGCAGAAAACAGCGACGACGAGCACUUGAAGAACGUUAAACAGAACGCCGAACAGCAUGCAGUUAAGAUGGAAGUCGUUUCUCGCUCUGUUCACGACGAAAAGGCCUUAUUUGAUGAGGAUGAUGCGGAAGAAGAUGAAAUUAUCCUCGGGCGCGCUGAUCGCGCACCGCCAUCGGACGAGAGUUCCAAGCAGAGAUUGUUGUCGAGGUCGAAGACUGUUCCCCGCUUCGAAGCUCUCAGGAUAACGCCCUCAGGGCAUAAGAUCCAGGAGAUCCGGGAGCUUCAGACUGUUCCGGUUAUUGUCACUGCCGAUCUCACCAAGAGCCCCCCGGUUAUCAAGGUCUACAGCGUCAACCCAUAUGCGGAACAGAAGUAA